AUGGGAGCUGACGUCAAUUCUCGCCAGCCGCUGAAGCUCAUUACCUUGGAUAGAUAUCACUCGGGGCAGCCAAUCCGCAACUGCGGCCUGACCGUGUUGAUGUAUGCUGCCAAAACCGGGUCCCUCAAGGUUGUUACAACUUUGAUCAACGCAAAGGCCCGAGUCAACGACACUGAUGAGCGGGGAGUAUCGGCCUUGCAUUUCGCAGCCGCUUCGGGUGAUUUCCCGACUUUCCAGGUCCUGUUGGAUCACCAUGCCUCGCCCUCGACCACGGAAGAAGGAGACAGUGUCCUCGACUAUCUGCCGCAGGACGUGAGAAGCGAUUCGACACUUUUGCGCAAGUUUGUCCAGUCGAUACCAGCUGGCGACGAGGAUGAUUGUGACGUUGCGCACGAGGCGAAGAAGGGCAGACGCGAACCUGCCUGCAUAGCAAUGGACUUCUCGGUUGUAAAAUUAUGCCAAGUCGUGGGAGUGUUCCCUGGAGCGCGGAUGAACGACGGCACUGAGGAGGAGCUUGAUGUCGACGUUGAGAUGUUGAACUGGGAGGACUGCGCGCAGAACCUCACACUUCGAGUCGAGAAGACCUGGCGACAACUGUAUUCGCAGAAGUACCGGAGCAUCCUCGACCUGGUGGGAAAGAAGGCAGACCACUCUGUGCUUCGCUUGCUGCAAAUCUCCCAACAGCACAUCGAGAGCCAGCUCGACCGCGUGCGCCAUGAGAGAGAACUCCUCAAAGAGGAAGAUGGAUCUCUGAUGUGCCGUUCCGUCGCCACGUCCAAACUUGGAAGCAGGGCUACAGGUAGCUUUCGAGCUCGUUUGCACGAUCCUGCCAUGAUUCUUUUCUGCUGCCAGCUGGGGGACAGCUCCAAGUAUGAAGCCGGAUCUAUUCAAGUUGACAGAUCCAGCCAGAGCCCGCGCGUGGACGGAUAUUGGUUCAAUGCAGCUCCUGAGACUGAGGAGAGCAUCUCCAAUUCACCUGGACAGCUGCGCAAUGCUGACUCAGCAACGGAAGGGGAGUUGGAAACUUCUGAGGCCCAAGCAUCUGUGCCUCUGCCAUCGGAGAGCACGGCGGAUCGCGUGCAGCCCGCCGCAAGGAAAAGAGUGAAGCUGACGUUCCAUCGGCCACACGGCUUGCCACACUCAGUCUACUUCCAUUCAAGGCCCUUAUGCCUUCGUUUCUCCGAGAAACCCCCUCUGACCGUGACAGAUGUUGGCGUGGACUUUGCCGAAGGUGCCAGGGUCCAUCGUGGGGAGAUCCUAACGCACGUGAACGAUGUGCAAGUGGCGGCAAACGUUUUGGAUGCUGCAGCUGCGGUCCGAGCUGCAGUCAGCAAGCUGCCACAAAGGGAACGACAGAAUGCAGCGGCUCGUGCUAAGAAUGUAGCGCAGUUCGAGCCACGAGCCCGUUCAAGCCCACCAUGGUCUCACGCAAAGCCUGCUGUCGCACAGCAGAACCUGGUGACACAGCGGGACGUGAAGCACCUCACGAAGCACGAGCGUGACGCAGAGGUCUAUACAGUCUACACUUAUGGAUCGCUCAUCGUCGUUUGCUUCUGUGCGGCGGCGAAGCUGAUAAGCCUAAGGAAGGCUACAUCACGCUUCUCAGACAAGGCCCUUAUCCUGCUGGGCUGCAGUGGUCGCCUUGCAACCCGAUUCUUGCUUCUUUUCGGAGACUCAUUGUUCUCUAUGCAGCUGAUGCAGAUGGCCUUUGCGGUGGGCCUGGUCGGGGAACUGGCAUUCUAUGCGUACUGCUUGAAAGUGCUCCCGGGAGAGAGCCAGCGACUGACAGCUGUUUGCCAAGCAUCCUACUUGGUCUCGCACACACUUGCGGGUUUCUGCGGCGACUGGCUUCUACUGGCUACGAGCAUAGGCUUGGUCGGCUUGUUUUGGAUCUCAGCUCUUUCGGUUGUGCUUGCUUUGUUGAUUGCCCUAACAUUGCACGACGCUGAGCCGGACACGGGUGACGAGUUGCCGGAGGCUAGGGUGCUCCUGGUUUCUGCUUACAGAAGUCGGAACUUCUGGCUUUCCGCCCUAUGGUGGACAUGCAGUUAUCCACUGUACCAAGUGGUUUACGGCUACGAAUCGUCUCUAUAUGCUGAUAAUAUUCGUGGCCCAGACCACAAUGGCACAAUCUUUGCCGUGGGGCUGCUCGCUGGUGCGGCAUGCUCCUCCUUCCUGACCUGCCAAGAAGUUGAAAGGAUUUGCUCGCGCAUCCCUCUCGUCACAUUCUUGUUGCAGAGCUUCCUUCUGGCGAGCAUGGCUGCAAUCAUGGCUUGGACAUCAACUGUGGAGUGGUCGCUGGGCGUGUCCUUCACUGUAUUCUUCAUGUCCUGGAGCUUUGCGAAUACCCUUUUCUAUGGCGAGACGCGUCGUGCCGUGGAUCGCGCGAGCGCCGACCGCGGCCUUUGUGGUGAGCAUGGAGAAGCUGUGUCGGGGCAAGUAGUCUCGGCUGUUUUCUUGCUGAAUUCGGCAGCUGGGGCUCUGCUGAACGGGCUCAUCUCAUUCGUGCUAUUCAACGUGCUGGGAAAGACGACCGAGUCCGUGUUCAAACUGCUGGCGAUGUUUCAGCUUGGUUUGUCCAUGGCCGUGUUGCUUCUGGCCUUGGUUUGUGACCGGCCUGUCACCACAAGUGGUGUGCACCAGCAGGAGCUGGCGGGAUCGAGCUCGGACACAAGUUAG